AUGUCCCUCCACAUGCACACCCCCUCUCCUCUCCCAUCCAAAUCACCUCAGCAUGUCUCUGAGCUUGCCCUCACUCGCUCGAUCACGACCGUGUACCCCCUUGACCUUUUCGACGUCGGCAUUGACCAGGACAAGCGUGCCCAGACCGUGCCCAGAGAUGCCCACGCGCGCCAGGACACGCACGAGGACGUCCCGGAGCGCGACAGGACGCCGCUGGCCCCCGUCGCCUCACGCCUCCCCUCACUCGCCCGUGCACCGUCGCCUCGCCAUGACGCCAGCAGCCUCCCGGACAACCCCACCGGCCCUCGCAGUGUAGAAAUUGUUGCCCAUACCUCCAUUUUACCUUGGACCAAGUCCAACUCUGGCCACCUCUGCACUUCUGGAGACCCUCCCUACCCUGCAGCACCAGAGCCACCACUUGCCUGCCCUUGCUUUGGUCACCAUGACCAAAAACCUAACCAUGCCGGCCUCAUGUCCCUCCACAUGCACACCCCCUCUCCUCUCCCAUCCAAAUCACCUCAGCAUGUCUCUGAGCUUGCCCUCACUCUGCUGAUCACGACCGUGUACCCCCUUGACCUUUUCGACGUCGGCAUUGACCAGGACAAGCGUGCCCAGACCGUGCCCAGAGAUGCCCACGCGCGCCAGGACACGCACGAGGACGUCCCGGAGCGCGACAGGACGCCGCUGGCCCCCGUCGCCUCACGCCUCCCCUCACUCUGCCCGUGCACCAGUCGCCUCGCCAUGACGCCAGCAGCCUCCCAGACAACCCCACUGGCCCUCGCACGCCCUGUGGACGACGCCAUCGUCGCCGACCGUCCGCCCCCGUACUGCCAUGACGCAGGAAGAGGACGACGCGACCACUCCUUCCCUGUCCUCGCCACGACGCGCUUCAGCACCGCCUGGACGUCACCAACCGUACGCGCCCACUCCCCUGCCCCUUCGUCGCUCCAGACGCCGUCGCCAUGGUCGCCCCUUCACGGCACACCCCGGCCAUCUCCGCCAGCUAUAAAUAGCGCCCCUCAGCCCUCCCUCUCUUCACACAAACCACUCCUCUCCCCUCUCUGA